UGUCAGAAUUGGAAUUCUCACUCGUUCAUCCAUCUCACCCAGUAGACAAGAUUGGCUCCAUUUCUGAUUAUUUCUGAAUGUUACUUGGGUGAGCACUCACUCCUAGACAAAUCUUUAGCAAUGGGGUCUUCAAGAAAGAAGUCUUGCACCCAAUGUCGGGUGGCAAAGACUCGCUGUAGUCUCGACCUCCCAAGCUGUUCUCGUUGCCAGAAAAGAAAUAUCACAUGUAAAUACGAAAGCCCGAAAUCGAGAAGACACGCUUCCCCAUUAGGUCAAGACAUCCGAGGCUUAUGAGGGCAACUUCCAUGACAAAUGGACGGAAUUCCGAAGCUCUGGACUUCCAGGUAUCAACUGGGUCUAUUCCGAAUCACACAUACCAGCCCGACAUGGAUUGGAGUUUCAAUAAUGCGAUCUUGUCGGUGCCAACAUCGCCAACGACCCAGGAUGUGAAUCUGAGCGUGUUUGAUCAAAUUGUCGAGCCUUCUCAGACACAGAGACAAGAUAGUAUAUGCUGGCUGGAGCGCUGUUCAUCAAGGGACACUCGAAGCAUUCAAUCAACCACGCACGGAGCGGGUACCAUCACUGCCGAGGAUGGAUUGGACUUUUUAUCCGAAUUGUCUGUGGCGAUGAAACACAGCACAGAAUCCAUCAUCGCGAGCUGGGAGGCUUUGAAAGUAACACCAAACCAUGUUCCCAACAUUCUAGAACGAAGGCCGGCCACUUGUAUUUCGGAUUCGAUGAAACAAAACUUCCUGUGGUCAAGAAUAGCAUCCUAUGUAACGGACUUCGACAAAGCUAUCUUGCCACCUUUCAUUCAUCGGAACUAUCUUUUGAAAGACGGAGGCUCCCAAAUUGUCGACUUUGCGAAUCUUCCCGAGCCACUUGCAAACUGUAAGAACGUAGUGCCCAUGUAUCUGCAAAAGACACCAGCGUGCAAGCAGCUGGUGCUCAAGACAUUUCUAUUGGAGGUUCAACGGCUUCAUGCCGAGUUUUGUAAUUAUGACGAGAGCACGCUACUCUCAGCACUUCAAGCAAUGACAGUAUAUUCGAUACUGCUGGCGAUGGAUAAAGAACGUUGCAAACUGAUAAGCAUGAUAACGAGAAUAGCAAUGGGUGAGAUUGCAAAUGCUGUGCAAAAUUUGGGUUACUACUGUGUCGCCGAGAAUCGAGGAAACUUCCCCAGAUGGAGUGAUUGGAUACUUCAAGAAUGCAAAAGAAGGACAAUGAUCGUCUUGCAUCUCAUGGCCUAUCUUCUAGACAUGGAUGUUGGAAAGGCUCAACCAUCAUCCUGUGUUGGAUUUGAUAAAGUUCCAUUACCUUGUGGGAAGAGCAUGUUUCUGGCGCAGACCGCAUCAUCGUGGGAAGAUGAAUACAAGAAGUAUCUGUCGUCUAGAAAUGGCAGCGAGAUGCCAACGGUGGGAAAUCUGAGGAAGAUGUUUCGCACCGAGACGAAUGAUUGGCAGAAUGAUCUCGUCAAAGAUCUAUCGGGUUGGUCGAAAGACGUAGAUGACCUUGGGUCUUUGCUAUUGGUGGCAGUUUGAAGUUGUGCUUGAAGCCUCCUCGCGAUUUUCCAGAGCCAG